AUGUCAGAAAAACGUUUUUCCUUAUUACUUCGAGCUGUUAGAUUUGAUGAUAUUGAAACAAGGAACGUUAGAAGAGCAAUAGACAAGCUAGCACCUAUUCGUGCAGUUUUCGAUGAUUUUGUUCGCCGAUGUAAAGAAAAUUAUACUGUAGGAGAGAAUUGCACUAUAGAUGAAAUGCUAGAAGGGUUUCGAGGGCGUUGCAGUUUUCGACAAUAUAUACCAAAUAAGCCAAAUAAAUACGGUAUCAAAAUUCAAGCACUCGUUGAUUCUCGUACAUUUUAUACGUCUAAUAUGGAGGUUUACGUAGGAACUCAGCCAGAUGGCCCUUUCAAAUGUGACAAUUCUCCGUCAAGUAUUGUAAAACGACUAAUAGCGCCGAUAUCAAAAACUGGCCGCAAUAUUACAAUGGACAAUUGGUACAAUUCAAUUCCAUUGGCUAAUGAGUUACUAAAAAAUCAUAAUCUUACCGUAGUGGGCACUUUGAGAAAAAACAAAAGGGAAAUUCCACCGGUUUUUUUAGAAACUAAAAAAAGAGAAGUAAAUUCGACUUUGUUUGGAUAUGGAAAAGACCUUUUACUUACAUCCUAUACUCCAAACAAAAAUAAAAAUGUCAUUAUGAUAUCAAGUAUGCAUGAUCAAGGUAUCAUUGACCCGGAAUCCGGUGACCAAAAAAAACCAGAAGUCAUAACGUACUAUAAUGGUACUAAAGGUGGAGUGGAUGUAGUAGACGAAAUGAAAGGCGAGUACUCGGUGGCAAGAAUUAGUUGUCGAUGGCCCCUAACUAUUUUUUUUUCAUUGAUGAAUAUUGCUGGGAUAAACAGUCAAAUUAUAUAUCGCGAAAAUACAGAUAAAAUGAUAACUCGUCGAGAAUAUUUGAAAACUUUGGGACAAGAGCUCACUAAACCUUACAUGGUCAGUUGUUCGUUAUGUGGUGUGUAUAUAUGUAAAGAACAUACUACUCCUACUUGUCCGACAUGCAACACCGUGAAAGAAAACUCGGAAAAUUCUAACGAUGAGUUAUAA